UUUGAACAAUUUGGCGUUGAAAUGUUUGGCCAUGAAAAUCCGACUUCUGAUAUUGAAGUAAUUGAAAUGGCUUGGACAUUUUUAAAUAAAGUAGGCAUUAAUCCGUCAUUUGAGUUAGAAAUUAAUUCAUUAGCCGAUAUGGAAUCUCGAACGAGUUAUCGUGAGGUUGUAAGAGAUUAUUUACGCAAAAAUGAAUCACGUCUUUCUGCAGACAGCGUAAAAAGAAUAUCAACAAAUCCUUUGCGCGUUCUAGAUUCAAAAAGCCCAGAAGACGUGCCAAUAAUUCAGAAUUGUCCAUUAAUCACAGAGUUUUAUAAUACAAAAUCCGCCGAAAGAUUUAACGCUGUAUGUCAAGGACUUCAAAAAUUAAGCAUACCUUACAAAGUUAAUCCUCGACUAGUUAGAGGAUUGGAUUAUUAUGAGGAUACUAUAUUUGAAUUUAAAUGUACCGACUCUAGACUUGGUGUUUCUCAAGGAACAGUGCUCGCAGGUGGAAGAUAUGAUAGUCUUGUUCAGUUAAUGGGUGGAAAAGAAAAAGUUCCGGGAAUAGGAUGGGCUGCAGGAGUAAAUAGACUAGCCACUAUAUUACGUGAUGAUAGUAUUGUUCCACGGGAAAGGCCAAUUGCAGUUGUCAUUAUUCAAGAUCGUGAUGAAGUUAUUUUAUCAACAAAUAAUUGUAGAUUAAGUAAUAAUAUGAUGCUUUAUUGCUAUGGUCUUAAAAUAUCUAACUUGUUACGUACACAUAAUAUUAAAACAUCUUUUUAUCACACACCGAAUGUACAUCAUUUAUCAUUGAAAACCAUAUUGGCAAACGUUGUAAAAACAAAUGCUUCUCAUGCAAUUUUGGUAGGUGAAAAUGAAAUUAUGAAAGAUAAAGUGAUAUUAAAGGAUUUAGAUUUAAAAGUUCAGAAUGAAUAUAGAUUAGAGGAUAUUGUACAAAUUGUUUUAAAAUCUAGAGUAAUAAAGGAUAACUAA